GUUAAUUGAAAACGUGAUUUGUAAACAGAAUCCAAACUUGGCCGAAUAUGGAAAAGAAUAAAAAUGGCUAAAUAAAAACAGCGAAUUGAUGAAAUAGGUAAAAUUGAAGAAGGUUACUGCGAAUUGAUGAAGAAGCAUCGAAUUCCAGAAAAGACACGAAAGAGAUUACUGCAAAUGUUGCUAAUUCGUCUUCGUCGUCGAUCAUCAUUAACCUAAGCUUCUCUAUUUCCUCUCUAUCUUUUUUCUCUAUUUUCCUUUUUGUUAUUGAAAUAAUUGCGAACGUAACCUAAAUUUCGAGGUAUCUAAUUUGAGAUCUUGUUAAUAGUUCGAAAUUAAACCCUAAUUUUGUUGUUGCUAGCUCCUUCUACUCAUUCAAAUUUGAUUUCUUAGAAGAAAAAAAUUGAUCUUUUUUUGUUCUUCUAAUCUAUCGGUAUGUCAUUGUAAUCUUAUAUCCCAUAAAUAGAUUUUACAAAUGCAAGUAAAUAAAGUAACGGGAGAUGAAAUUUUUGGUUAAGAGCUGUUUUCAGUAACAGCCCCAAAAUUAGCAGGAAGAAGGACAUGUUGUAAAACUGAUAAUAAAACUGUCUUCUGUCAAAAAUGGAUUUUGUCUCGUUUAAAUCUAUUUGGACAUUUGUUUUUUUUCGUUGGAUUAUUUUAAUUGUUGUUUGUGAUUAUUGUCUAUUGUGAGCAACUAACUACCUGCUAAGCUGUUCAUGUCUAUUUGUUGUUCUGUAAGUUUUUUCAACACCAUAAAAUCCAAACUUUAAGGCUUAAACCAAGGAGGAAAACAAAAAACAAUUCUUCCCAAAGAAUAUUGGGAAUUGUGAAGGGAAGGUCCAGAGCUGGUCUCUUUAUUGGAUUCUUGUUCAUUGUAAAUGUUGGGUUUUGUGUGUUUGCUCAAGAAAGCAGCAAUGAGGAGAGAAAGAUAUAUGUAGUGCAUUUAGGCGUGAGGCGACAUGAUGAUUCUGAGUUGGUCUCUGAAUCACACCAGAGGAUGUUGGAAUCGGUUUUCGAAAGCGCGGAAGCUGCUCGAGAGUCCAUCGUCUACAACUACCACCAUGGAUUUUCCGGGUUUGCAGCCAGGCUUACUGACUCACAAGCUAAGCAACUUUCAGACCGUCCUGAUGUUUUCAGUGUCGCACCAAAUCGAAAAGUUGAGUUGCAGAGCACGAGGAUUUAUGAUUAUUUGGGUCUUUCGCCGAGUUUUCCCUCAGGAGUUCUCCAUGAGAGCAACAUGGGAAGUGAUCUUGUCAUUGGUUUUCUUGACUCAGGAGUAUGGCCAGAGUCUCCGGCUUAUAAUGACGAAGGGCUUGAACCAAUACCGAAACAUUGGAAAGGGAAGUGUGUAGCCGGAGAGGAUUUUGACCCAGCAAAGCAUUGCAACAAGAAGUUAGUAGGAGCAAAGUACUUCACUGAUGGCUUUGAUGAGAACAAUUCUGGAAUCAGCGAGGAGGACUUUAUGUCCCCUAGAGGUUAUAGAGGACAUGGGACGAUGGUCUCUUCAAUUGCAGCCUCUUCAUUUGUGCCUAACGUGUCAUAUGGUGGCCUUGCACCUGGUGUCAUGAGAGGCGCUGCUCCAAAGGCUCGUAUAGCUAUGUACAAAAUUGUCUGGGAUAGAGCACUUUUGAUGUCAUCCACUGCGACUAUGGUCAAGGCAUUUGAUGAGGCCAUAAACGAUGGCGUUGAUGUAUUGUCGAUUUCUCUCGCCUCUGCGGCUCCUUUUCGCCCAAUUGACUCUAUUACGGGAGAUUUGGAGCUUGGAUCAUUCCAUGCGGUGAUGAAGGGCAUUCCGGUUAUAGCUGGUGCCUCUAAUACAGGCCCCGAAGCUUACACUGUGGCUAAUGUAUUCCCAUGGAUGCUCACAGUCGCUGCAACUAACAUAGACCGUACCUUUUAUGCAGACAUGACUUUUGGAAAUAACAUUACCAUAAUUGGUCAAGCUCAAUAUACAGGUAAGGAAGUAUCUGCUGGUUUAGUUUACAUUGAACACUAUAAAACCGACACCUCUAGCAUGCUGGGAAAAGUUGUCCUGACGUUUGUGAAAGAAGAUUGGGAAAUGGCAAGCGCAUUGGCGACUACAACUAUCAACAAGGCGGCGGGGCUGAUCGUGGCACGAAGUGGUGAUUAUCAAAGUGAUAUUGUCUAUAAUCAACCAUUCAUCUACGUAGACUAUGAAGUCGGAGCUAAGAUUCUACGAUACAUCCGCUCGUCAAGUUCUCCCACGAUUAAAAUUAGUACUGGUAAAACGCUCGUAGGACGUCCUAUUGCGACUCAAGUUUGCGGAUUCUCAUCUAGAGGGCCUAAUGGACUCUCUCCUGCCAUUCUCAAGCCUGAUAUAGCAGCCCCUGGUGUGACGAUUUUAGGAGCUACAUCUCAAGCCUACCCCGAUUCUUUCGGCGGUUAUUUUCUAGGCACAGGGACAUCCUAUGCCACUCCCGUUGUUGCGGGGCUCGUCGUACUACUCAAAGCUUUACACCCUGACUGGUCUCCUGCUGCGCUAAAAUCUGCUAUUAUGACUACAGCAUGGAAGACUGAUCCAUCCGGGGAACCAAUCUUUGCGGAGGGAGAACCACGGAAACUGGCUGAUCCAUUUGACUACGGUGCAGGACUCGUGAACGCGGAAAGAGCCAAAGAUCCAGGACUAGUUUAUGACAUGAACAUCGACGAUUACAUUCACUAUUUCUGCGCCACUGGUUACAACGAUACAUCAAUCACUAUAAUCACGGGAAAACCCACAAAAUGCUCGUCUCCAUUACCGUCUAUCCUCGAUCUUAACUAUCCCGCCAUCACGAUUCCCGACCUUGAAGAAGAAGUGACCGUCACAAGAACGGUGACUAACGUUGGACCUGUGGACUCAGUUUACAGAGCCGUGGUCGAGCCUCCGCGAGGUGUGGAGAUUGUUGUUGAACCAGAGACUCUAGUGUUCUGUUCGAACACGAAGAAACUUGGGUUUAAAGUUAGGGUUUCGUCGAGUCAUAAGAGUAACACUGGUUUUUUCUUUGGUAGUUUCACUUGGACUGAUGGGACUCGAAAUGUUACCAUUCCUUUGUCUGUAAGGAUUCGUGUUUUGAACCCUUGAAUAAGAAGAUUCCUCAAUUCGUCAUAAAUUGUUUUUUCUCUCUAUAAUGAAAACAAAAAUUGUUAUUUUAGUCUCUGUAUUUGACUCUAACUGAAAUCACAUUCAC